AUGCCGGUUCUGACGAGCCCAGACAUUGCCAAUAAGUUUAAGGAGAAUUGGCUGGCGGUGUUCCCGGAGGAUCAGGUCACCGGGUCCGACUCUGCGCCCCUGGACGACAGCCUCACCAGCCUCCACUGGCUCCAGAAUUUCUCCAUCCUCAACGCGGACCCGGAGCGACCCAACGGAUCCGGACCCGGCUGUCCUUCCUCCCAGCAGAACCUGUAUCUGAAGCGGCUCGGCUUCCCCAGAGGUGGCUCCGACUCUCCGUCCAGCCCUCCGGCAGGGGACACCGCCGCCACCGGGAUGCCUCUGUACCUCGGGAUCCCCGUCACCUCCGGCAGCGACUGCACAGCGGUGCCUCGGUUCGCCAAUUGCGCAUAUCCGGUGACCGGCUACCCACAGAUCCCCAUCCAGGCCAGUCCGCCCGUGGAGGUCGAUUACAAAACCAACCAUAAAGUCAAGCCGCCUUAUUCCUAUGCGUCUCUCAUCUGCAAGGCCAUGCAAGCCAGCAAACAACCCAAAGUGACUCUGUCCACCAUCUAUAACUGGAUAACGGAGAAUUUCUGCUACUACAAACACGCGGAGCCCAGCUGGCAGAACUCGAUUCGUCACAACCUGUCCCUCAACAAGUGUUUCAGGAAGGUCCCCAGACAGAAAGACGAGCCAGGGAAGGGAGGCUUCUGGCAGAUUGACCCACAGUAUGCAGAUAUGUUCGUUAAUGGCAUCUUCAAACGCAGGAGGAUUUCUGCUAACAACUACAGCAACAGCAGUGGCCCCCACAGACAGAGCAAACUGGUUCAGGGUUAUCACAGCACCCAAAAUGGCUGCCCUUACCAAGGGGUUGGCGCGAAACGGAAGCACUCGCCCUCUAAGAACAACAGCAAGGCGAUGAGGGCAACUGAGUCCCCUCUUUUAGCGACAGAGGCCCACAAAACAGACAUCCUGAGGGGGGACUUUGACCUGGCGUCAGCGUUCGACGACGUUCUCAGCGGGAACUGUAGCAACUUCGAGGAUUUGGACAUCAACACGGCGCUGAGCUCCCUGGGCUGUGAGAUGGAGGUUUCCAUGCAGGGGAGGCAGCAUUCGGCGGGGCUGGGGAGGUGGUGCGGCGGCGGAGACGUCUCUGGUCAGAGCCAGCACCUGAACCACCUCCAGUCCUACGGUUACAUGGAGCUGAGCGUCGCUGCCAUGGAUUGCACGGUCAAUAUGGGAGAGCUCCAUGUGCCGCAGCUGCAUCCACUGCAGCAGCAGCUGGACCAAGAUCAGCUGCUCCAAAGUCACCACCACCUGCAGCAGUUCGACGAGCCCUGCGCUCUGUUCCCGGAGCAGCCCGAGGAGGCGGUGCUGCAGCCCUGGGAGGAGAUCAAAGAGGAGGAGCAGGCGAUUCCUCUGACUCUGGAUCAGGGCUUCGGCCUGUGCGAGGGCUUCUUUACAGAGAUGCAGCCAUGGGAACGAGUUGAGGCUUAUCUGUGA